AUGGACUCGCAGUCUCGCUCCCAUGAGCUGCUGCUGGUAGUCCCACUCUUUCUCCCUCUCCUCUACCUGCUGUCGUCCCGGCGGCGGAGGAGGAGCAGAAGCCAGGAGCAGCAGCAGAACGACGGCGUGCUCCCCGGAUCGGCAGAGCCGCUGCUUCCAGGCGGUGGCGCGGAGGUACGGCCCCGUCGCGGAGGUCCCAGGAUGCUGAGCUACGACUUCCUGGACGUGGCCUUCAGCCCCUACAGCGACUACUGGCGCGAGAUGCGGAAGCUCUUCAUCCUGGAGCUCCUCAGCAUGCGGCGCGUCCAGUCCUUCGCCUACGCCCGGGCCGCCGAGGUGGACCGCCUCGUCGCCUCCCUCGCCAGCUCCUCCCCUCCGGGCGCCGCCGUCGACCUCAGCGAGAAGCUGUACGCGCUCUCCGACGGCGUCGUCGGCACGGUGGCGUUCGGCAAGAUGUACGGGUCGGCGCAGUUCGAGAGGAGCAGCUUCCAGCGCGUGAUGGACGAGACGCUGCGGGUGCUGGGGAGCUUCACGUUCGAGGACUUCUUCCCGGCGUCCAGGCUCGCCCGGCUCGCCGACGUCCUCACCGGAGCCGCCCCCCGGAGGCGGCGCAUCUUCCUCCAGAUCGAUCGUUUCUUCGACUCCGUCAUCGAUAAGCACCUCGAGCCCGAGAGGCUGCAGGCCGGCGUGCAGGAGGACAUGGUCGACGCGCUCGUCAAGAUGUGGAGGGAGGAGCAGGCAGAUUGUGAGGCAAAAAAUGGAUUAACGCGUGAUCAUAUCAAGGGAAUCCUCAUGGACACAUUUUCAGGUGGCAUCGACACCAGUGCUGUCACGAUGAUCUGGAUCAUGGCCGAGCUGAUGAGGAACCCUAGGGUCAUGCGGAAAGCGCAAGCCGAGGUGCGCGGUUUGGUGGGGAACAAACCAAGAGUGGACGAAGAAGAUGUCAAGAACCUCAGCUACCUCAAGAUGGUGGUGAAAGAGAACUUCAGGAUACACCCACCGGGGACGCUGUUGAUUCCAAGGGAGACCAUGACGAGCUGCGUCAUCGGCGGCUACGACGUGCUGCCGGGCACAAGGAUUUUCGUGAAUGUUUGGGCAAUGGGAAGAGAUCCUUGCAUCUGGGAUCGCCCGGAGGAGUUCAAUCCCGAGAGGUUCGAGGGAAGCCAGGUUGACUUUAGAGGCUCCAACUUUGAGCUUCUCCCGUUCGGUUCAGGACGAAGGUCAUGCCCUGCCAUCGCCAUGGGCGUCGCUAAUGUGGAGCUUGCCCUGGCCAACCUGUUACAUUGCUUUGAUUGGCAACUACCUGAAGGGAUGAAGGAGGAGGACAUCGAUAUGGAAGAAACUGGGCAGCUUGCUUUUAGGAAGAUGGUGCCUCUUUGUCUUGUGCCUAUUAAGAGAGUAUAA